AUGCGGGAGUGUCAGUGUUGUUUUAGUGAAGUGCUGUGCUAUUUUCAGUUGGACAGCGGCACCACGGCUUCCUCGGUGACGGGUGGCGCGAGGGGAGCGGAGUCCCCCUCGCAGGCCAACCAGGACACGGUGGAUAACGCCACCCCCACCUGUUGGUGGGCUGCGUGGUCGGCAAUGGGCUGCUUCGGGUCCCCGGGCGCCAAGAGCGGCGAGGAUGACGCCAAGUCGCAGAAGCGGCGGAGCGACGCGAUUUCACGGCAGCUACAAAAGGACAAACAGUUAUAUCGCGCAACGCACCGUCUGCUGCUGCUGGGCGCCGGCGAGUCCGGCAAGUCGACGAUCGUCAAGCAGAUGCGCAUCCUCCACGUGAACGGAUUCUCCGAUAAGGAGCGUCGGGAGAAGAUCGAGGAUAUCAAGAAGAAUAUCCGCGACGCCAUUCUCACGAUAACCGGUGCAAUGAGCACACUCACCCCGCCCAUACCUCUCGAGAAACCAGAGAACAAGGCGAGAGUUGACUACAUACAAGACGUAGCGUCCCAGCCGGACUUCGACUACCCGCCGGAGUUCUACGAGCACACGGAAGAGCUCUGGAAGGACGGCGGAGUUCAGCGCACCUACGAGAGGAGCAAUGAGUAUCAGCUCAUCGACUGUGCCAAGUAUUUUCUGGACAAGGUGCACGUGAUAAAGCACCCGGAAUACACCCCCACGGAGCAGGACAUCCUGCGCUGCCGAGUGCUCACCUCCGGCAUCUUCGAGACGCAGUUCGUCGUCGACAAAGUCAAUUUCCACAUGUUCGACGUGGGCGGGCAGCGCGACGAGCGCCGCAAGUGGAUCCAGUGCUUCAACGACGUGACCGCGAUCAUCUUCGUGACGGCCUGCUCCUCCUACAACAUGGUGCUGCGGGAGGACCCUACGCAGAACCGGCUCAGGGAGUCGCUUGACCUCUUCAAGAGCAUAUGGAAUAACAGGUGGCUCCGCACAAUAUCGGUGAUCCUCUUCCUGAACAAGCAGGAUCUGCUCGCGGAGAAGGUGAUGGCUGGCAAGUCCCGGCUGGAGGACUACUUCGCGGAGUUCUCGCGCUACCAGACCCCUCCGGAUGCCAGCCCGGACCUGCGUGACCACCCGGAGGUCGCGCGCGCUAAGUACUUUAUACGGGAUGAGUUUCUGCGCAUCAGCACGGCGAGCGGCGAGGGCAAGCACUACUGCUACCCGCACUUCACAUGCGCCGUCGACACAGAGAACAUCAAGCGCGUCUUCAACGACUGCCGCGACAUCAUUCAGCGGAUGCACCUGCGCCAGUACGAACUGCUCUAA